AUGAAUAUUUCAGGUGUCUUGAUCAAGUUCAUUCUCAUAUUCAAAAAAGAGAACGAAGCGGACCAGAACAACGUUGAAAUAUACGGAUCGGAAGUUGAUGCUGGAUUAAGCGACUGUGUUAAUGACCUUACAGACGGCGAGUAUUGCAUAGCAAACAUGAGGAUGUAUGACGACAAAGAGGAUAGGUUCCGGUUGUAUGGCACCAACGAACAGCACGCACAAUCACCUGAGAAGAAGGCAAUGCCAUUCACUUAUUGUGAAGGAACUAGCACUCAACCAGCUGCUGCCCCCGACAGAAGUGUAAUAUACAUGGAGAUGGAUAUGCCUGUAUCCAAAGCUCUCUACCAUAAGAUCAUACGCGUGUCACUCCAACCUUGCUUUUACUUGAGUGCUAGGGAGAUCUACGUGACAAUCAUGUCUGGGCUAUGCGACUUUGUGGAUAGUCGCAGGUUGUUAAUCGAUCGAAUUACAACCAAUCUGAGCGCAGAUGCCGAGUUAUUUGAAUCGCUGCACAAUUAUCACCAGGCAAUAAUGUGCUCUCAGUUCGCAAAAAUUAAGGGAUUUGAUGCGAUAAAGGCAUAUUUUAAUGGCCACUGCAAUUUGGCAAACUCUACCAACAUGAUGGAAAUAAUAUUCGUGCAUUUGGCGGGAGUCAACGAUGACACAUCAGUACAGCGCAGAAUAGAACAGAUUAGGGCGAAGAAUGACAUUUUUCAAAGCUUUGUGAGUGGAGUAAAAAUCAAGUACUGCCUCGUAACGGCAGACUCGUGCAGUCAUCGCGUUGGUGAGAAGUCUCUGGGUGGCAUUUUCUCGGAUCUCUUUGAGCAGUUCCCUACAACUCAGCUACACAGUAACCAUGCGGGCUGUUGCUGGGUAAUAGACAGCGAAUUUUUGGCGUGCAACCAGCAACUGUUCGAGCCGGGGUUUUAUGCCGGAAGCACACCGAGUUCAGUUUCGUUGGAAAUCGAUUUUAGGCCGUUGACCGACGAAAGAGCCGUGAUGAAGAUGAAAAAGGCGCGUGAUGUGAUCAACAAGGUGCUAUGCUGCGAAUUUGUUUGCGGAAACCACAUUACACAGCUCACGCUCUACAUCAGUGAGCUCAAUAUGGAGCUGGACACAACAAAAAUACGAGCAGAGAGCUGCAUCAUCCAUCUUGACAGCUGUGGAUCGAAGGUAUUGAGCACGUUACCCGCUAAAAUUGAGGAGUUGUACAUGAAGAGCAUGUUUAUAACCGAUACGGUAACACUGAGCGAAUCUUUGGUGCUCUGCGUAUGCAAAAAUGUCACUCUGAAGGCGGACACUCGAAUCGUGGUACCAAACAAGACCACCAAUUUGGUGCUAUGCAACGUUGAUGGAGUGGUCCAGAGUGCCGUAUUCGGAACGGUCACGUGUUUGCCACCUUCAGAGAUUUCCUACAAAAUGACCGAUUUCAAUGGUUUGUUCACUUUGCAGAUGAGGAAUGUGCAAUAUAAAUCUGCUUCUGUGCUCAGCGGCUGCUUUGCGUGUAUAAUACUUGAAAAAGUGGUUAUUGCUGCGCCGCACCAACUGGAAUUGAAAGGUGACGUCUGGAAUAUUUCGAUCAGCACAUGCAGUGGCAGUAUCGAUCUCAUGGACACGAAAUGUUUGGAAAGCUUGCGGUUUACGCAAAAGCUCAAUUCCAACCUGAAGAUACGCUUCCCGCCAACGAUCCGUGUGCUGUAUCUGAGCGACGUGUGUGUGCAACAGGACCUGAUAAUAAACUGCCUAGUCAGAGAAUUGCACGUUAACCAAGCUAAAAUAGCGACCGGUUGCACUUUCAGACUCGUGCGGGAGUGCAGUAAUGUAACGAUUCGCAGUUCGGUGGGCGUAUUCAUCCUAAACGGAAUGAUCAUGGAGUCUACGGGAAGGUCGCAGAAUGAAAGCUUUGCUUAUAAAAGAACAAACAACGGUUUGUGCAACAUUUCUGCGGUUGCAGUGCAGUUAGAAUCGGAGAAACGUGCUAUUCGUAACAUAAAGGCUGUGUAUUUGAAAGGUGUUGUGUUUAAGAAGCGUGUGAUAUUUGGUAUAGACGAUAGAAUCAGAUCGUUUUACAUCGAUCACUUCAGUGGGAUCGUAUCGUUGACCGGCAUUGUUGUAAGCACGUUAACCGGUGGAGAAACCGCAAGCUUUUCGGUUGUAAGAUCGGUGCUAGAGGACCACAUGGACAUCACGGCCGUUAAUCUGCUGGUGAAAGAACCUACAGAAAUAAAAUGCAACCUUGGCAGUUUAUUGUUGCAGAACGUGAAAUGCCACGAGCACGAACUGGAGUUGAGGGUUUAUGGCAUGUGCGAGUUCAUAGGCAUCAGCAACUACACCGGCUUGCUGGACAUAGCGGUUCUUAAUUUGAUUGGUGCAUCCUUUGAGAAUGCCAUAUUAGACUACAAAAAAGCAACGAACUACCUCAACAUGUACGGAAAAAUUGGUUUGAACGGGUAUUCCUUGCCGGACAACAUCAGGUAUGUGGCACUGAGCGGUAUCACUGUGACAAAAAAUACAUUUUACCUACACAAGAUGCUGAGGGAGAUCGAAAUCGUGUCAUGUAAGGGACACUUCAACUUCAAGGGGCUGUUCGGCAUCUACCGUCUGGCAAUUGAACCGGACAGCAACUUUAUAUUGGAAGAGGCAGAAGGGCCGCACGCAAGUCUCAAAUUGCGUAACAUGGUGCUUCAUGACCCGUUCAACACCAGCAACCGUGUUAAUGCACUGACUCUCAACAACCUCAGUACUGACGAACAGUCCGUUCUUCAGAUCGAUUCGGAGUGUCAUUCAGCGUACAUCCAGCAAUCAGAAUGUGGAAUUGCCUGGGUGAAUGGGACGGAAACCAGCAAAAUGAAUUGUUACGAAAAUGAGUGCUGUGUGUUACAGAAAAGUAACAAACCAGGAUUGUUUCUGCUCAAGAUGACGCACACAUGUCUGUCAAGGAGACUUGUACUACUGGAGUGCUUCGAAUCUGUGGUCCUGGAAAAGAUACAAGGACAGUCCGACUGUCCUAUAGUGAUAAACAGCGCCUGUACCAGCGUGUUAAUUCAAGGACUCGAUGGUGUUUUGUCCUUCCCAGACUCAGAGAGUUUAAACGAAAUUUACGUUGAUGCUGCUUCCAUGAGAAAUACGGAAAUACAUUUAACGGUAACGACGAGCUUCUUCGUUAAAAUAGAGUACGAGUUCAUGGGCGGAGGCUCAGUAGAAGUGCAUAUUUGGUUAACCCGCUUUUCUUGUUUAAGAUUUUCGUGUGAGUAUUCCAACAAAUCUUUAAGGGAGGCGUUUGAAACCUUAAACUGUUCUCAGCCAAAAUUCCAACUCACUGCGUUAAAUGACACCUCUCAGGAUGGCACGAAUUCGCACUACCUGGUCAACGGUUCUGAUUUAGAUGUAUUUGCUGUGCUGAAUGAGCAUUUGAAGAUGAUAAAGCAAAAUGCUGUGCUGAAUGAGCAUUUGAAAAAUGAUAAAACAAAAUACCAAGCAUACCUGGCCAAAAGUAUGAAACAAAUCACCAUUAGCCGUUCAUCUACCGGCCAUCACCUAGCAAUUCGUGUGUAGUGAUGUGAUUGCUGCUGCAGUAUUUCUUAUGAGUUAAAAUAAAUUGCGUUGCAUUUUUUGGCAGUAGCAGAAGGGUCCACUGCUAAUGAACCGUACUACACUGA